UUUAACUCAGGGCGAACUUAAGGUUACCAGGAGCAACAACAGAUAAAUCACAGAAGCAUUGAUCUAUAAACAUUAAAGUAAAAAGGUUUGAAAACUCACCAGCAGUGAAAUAACCUAGCUCGUAGCAGACCUGUGAAAAAGUGCCGGAAAGCGACUACUUUUUGCGACAGUUGAAGCCGUUUUGCGACAGUACGUCCUGCUUCCAGACCAACGCGGAUGUAAAAGGAGCUGUGUGGUGCAUCCAUGGAGCAGAAGCUCGCAGAGUUCCGGGCCAGACGACAGGCUGCUGUUAAAGAAGAGAGAGCUGCCCCGCAGACUACAGACCAGACAGACAUGGAGACUUCUCCUCAGACAGACUCAACCUCAGCUGACAGUCAACACACAGAGGAGAAGACAGACCACAGAGACUCAGCUCAGAGCUCAGAGAAGGACAAAGCCGACUGGCUGCUGGACAACGCUCUAGGAAGGUGGCUCGCCUCGAGACAUUUAGUCAUGACAAACCUCACGCUGCUCAAAGUGCUGCUGUGGCUGGUGCUGCUUGGUCUGUUUGUUGAACUGGAGUUCGGCCUGCCUUUCUUCAUCAUCUCCCUCUUCUACUGGCUCUACGAAGGACUCAGGAGCCCUGCUGACCGAGAGCCUGGAGAACUGAGCGCUUACUCUGUCUUCAACCCAGACUGUCAGCCUCUGCUGGGCACGCUCACUGCAGAGCAGCUGGAGGGAGAGAUGGGCUACAGACCUCUGACUAACAGAUGAACUAACCAGAUCUUCUUGUCUUUCAAAAGACGAUACAGAAAACACAGGGACUUAGAUCAAUGAUGUCAGAUCAUUUUUCUGCAUAACAUAUUUAAUUCAGAUGGGUACUCUUACAGUUUGGUUCCAUGCUUUCCUUUCAAAUGUAAUAUGUCAAUUGACCCCCAUCGGUUGUGGUUUUGGAAGUGGGCGAUGCCAUAGCAAUUAAUCACAAUGAUCAAUUAAUGCUAUAUAUAAAAAUAUUGUUCAUACUAUGAGGAUUAAUUCCUAAUCUGUUUUUAAGACCUUCAGCCUUCAGUUUCUAUGCUAAUAGUGGGUUUGGUAUAGAGUGUGGGGAAAGUAUUUUGGGGUUAUAAGUGGAGAAAACACCACUAAAAAAAACACCACUUGAAAGGAUGAUUCAUCCAGAUUGAUCUAUGAGGAAAAAAAGCUUAUUUAAAUAAAUGGUUUCCAAAGUUCA